UGUAAUCCGGUAUAUUACCAUAUCUAUUAUAACAAAUACGAUCCAAUACUAACAAAUAAAUUGCAGUAUGACGUAGGUGGACAGCGUUCGGAACUAAGGAAAUGGAUCCAUUGCUUUGAAGAUGUAAACAUUAUAAUAUUUUUGGUGGCAAUUUCCGAAUACUAUCAAAAUUUGUCUGAAUUCGAAAAUGUUAAUAGAAUGGAGGAAUCGAAAGCUUUAUUUAAAAACAUAGUUAAUUCUUGCUGGUUCGAAAAAGCAGAGUUUGUUCUGUUUUUUAACAAGAUUGAUCAGUUUGAGGAGCAAAUCAAGGAACAUCAUUUGGUGGACUAUUAUCCUCUGUAUGGGGAUGGACCGAAGGGCGAUUCAAAGGCAGCCCGUGACUUUAUUCAGAACAUGUUUCUUAGUUUGAACAACGACAACGAGAGGGACAUCUAUUGUCAAUACACAUGCACUGGGGAUACUCAUAACAUAGAACUCGUCUUCGCCGAUGUAAAAGAUACGAUUAUGAUCAAUUUAUUGGAAUCCUUUAAAAUAUGUUAAAAUCAUUUCGUUAGCAAAUAAUUUGUUUAUGUAUCCAUUCCAUUAGUAGUCUAUGUACUUGUAAAAUCCAUAGUUCAAAUAAAUAAUAUAAAAUCAAAUAAAUU